AUGUGGUGUAUAUUGGCACCAUCCAUCCAGAGCAGUGUUUAUCAGCUCUUCAUUAUCUUACAGAUGUGGUGUAUAUUGGCACCAUCCAUCCAGAGCAGUGUUAAUCAGCUCUUCAUUAUCUUACAGAUGUGGUGUAUAUUGGCACCAUCCAUCCAGAGCAGUGUUAAUCAGCUCUUCAUUAUCUUACAGAUGUGGUGUACAUUGGCACCAUCCAUCCAGAGCAGUGUUAAUCAGCUCUUCAUUAUCUUACAGAUGUGGUGCAUAUUGGCACCAUCCAACCAGGCACUGUUAAUCAGCUCUUCAUUAUCUUACAGAUUGGUGUAUAUUGGCACCAUCCAUCCAGAACACCACAAACUCACUCUGCUAUUCCUUAACCAUGGUAAGCACGUGCUCGUUGAAAAACCGGCCGCCAUGAAUCUGAAACAGCUCAAGGAAAUGACGUCACUGGCUAAGGAAAAGAAGCUCUUCUUUAUGGAGGCGGUGUGGAGCCGAUAUUUUCCGCUGUACGAGAGAUUGGUACAAGAGCUAGCCUCAGGAACGAUCGGAAAGCUCAAGCUGCUCAGUAUCCAAUUCGCGCUCCCUCUCUGGGAUGUGCCCAGGAUACGGGAUAAGGCCCUGGGAGGAGGGGCUCUGCUGGAUAUCGGCGUUUACCCUCUCAACAUCGCAGUCUUCCUGUUCGGCAUACCAGACAAGAUCCUCACGGAGGGCACCAUGAUGGAUUCAGGUGUGGACGAAGCAGUCUGUGUCAUUUUCAAGUACAACGAUGGUCGAAUGGCUCAGCUCAACUGUAGUGUGGCUUAUAAAGGUGUCAACGAGGUGGUGAUUUUCGGAACAAAAGGACAGAUUAAGGUUCACGAGCCGAUGUGGUGUCCUACGGAAAUGACAUUGCCUUCCGGAAAAGUGACCUUUGAACUGCCAAAAACCAGUGCCAAAUUCAAUUUCCAUAACAGCGCGGGAAUGGUUUACGAAGCAGUUCACGUCAGGAAGUGUAUCAAAGAAGGAAAGUUGGAAAGUCCGUAUGUGUCUAUGGACCAUAGCGAGUACGUCAUGGGGUUAGUGGAUCAGAUUAAGAAAGAUAUUGGUCUCCGGUACGACGUGGACGAUUGAGCAAAGAAAAGCACCAUCUUACGUAAAAGAAGUAUAAUCAUUCGAAGAGAAUGACAUAUGUUAUAGGUUAUGUUAUAACAGAACAAUAUUCAAGUGUUUUUUUUUGUAUUUCUGUUAAGAGCAACCAUAGGUAAUCAGGAUUAGCUGUUAUAAACUUACGUAUAUUUACAAAAAUUGUCCAGUGAAAGUCAUUUGCAUAUUUGUAAAUGUAUUAAUGGUCAGAAAUCUUGGAAAAGUCGGAAAAUGAAAUUCAUUCUUGCAUUGUUCUCUGCGUAUAUCAAUUGUUAGAUAUAUAUUUUUGUGCAGUUAUAUACAUCUGCUUUAUUGAUAAUGCAUAUCUUUGAUAGAUGAUGUGACUUUGCGUACUGGUAAUGCAUAUCUUUGAUAGAUAAUGUGACUUGGCGUACUGUAUUUAAUUUGUUAGAAAGUUAUAUACACUUUUUCGAAUUUUGUUAAUUAACAUCAGUUUCAUAGAAUGAGUGAUUAAAGGAAAAGACCUUUAAAAAUCGAAGUAGUCAUCACUAAGUAGUCACUUUAAAACUAUGCGUAAAUAGACUUUCAUUUAUUUUUUUAGAUUUUUGUGAAAAGAGAUAAAGGCGCUCAAACAUUUGACUUCUAAGGUGGGCUUUAUGGACCAUACUGUCAGAGGUUAGGAACUCUGACGUCACAGAAAAUUUAUCCAACUCUAAUUAUGACACUGAAUGUUGGAAUAACUCUUUUUGCCAAUGAGUGAAAGAUUACUGAAAUAAUGUUCCCCAAAAUUCCUUUCUUCUGAUGAACAGUAGGAAAAAAAAAAUGAUGUGACGUCAGAGUUCCUAGAUGCCGUCAGUAUUGCUCGUAAAACCCAUCAUAGUUUUCAAAUAUUUGAAUGCCUUUCAUCACUCUCAAAAAAUCUGAAAAAAAUUGAAUGAAAGUAUUUUUACGCAUAGUUCUCAGUUGUCUUUAUAUUGUGUUUUACUGCAUAUUUUAUCUUCCUUUUACAUUAAGGCUUAGCAUUAAUUUCUGACUGAUAAAUGAUAUCACCUACCAGCAGUGCUGUAUUCUUUUAAGAUGCCUCCAAGUCGUUGUAGUUGGCUUGUAUGAAUGUGUGCUAUACGCCAAAUUCUACCACAGUCGUUUACAGUAUUUUCCACUUGUUACGUGUAAUCAGUGUGUUUACUCUGAACACGCGGCAUUUAUCACCUCACUUGUUUAUAACACUGAGCGUUUUAAAAUAUGCAUUAAUCCUCGAUUGUGAUAUUUAUAAUCAGAAAAUUAAUACUUCAUACUGUAUCAGAAACAGAUAUAUUAA